CCCUGGCCGCCCGGCCCCGGUCCCGGACCGCCGCCCUCUUCCACCCACAGCCGGGAGGGCGGUGGUUUCACCAGGAAGCGCCUGAGCUGCUGCCGCUUCCUCCACUCGCCGUCGCACCGAGGCUCCGCGGCAGCCGCUGAGGGUUGAGACCGGAGUUCCAUUCUUGUAGACAGAUCUAAGAAGGGAAUCCAGACAAAAGCUGUUCCUUCUCAGAGUGAAAGUAUCCCAAAAUCAACAUGUCUAGCAAAAAAGCAAAGACGAAGACCACCAAGAAGCGCCCUCAGCGCGCCACGUCCAAUGUCUUUGCCAUGUUUGAUCAGUCCCAGAUUCAGGAAUUCAAGGAAGCCUUCAACAUGAUUGAUCAGAACAGGGAUGGCUUCAUUGACAAGGAGGACCUGCACGACAUGCUUGCCUCCCUCGGAAAGAACCCAACGGAUGAAUACCUGGAUGCCAUGAUGAACGAGGCUCCAGGCCCCAUCAACUUCACAAUGUUCCUCACAAUGUUUGGUGAGAAGCUCAACGGCACUGAUCCAGAAGAUGUCAUCAGGAAUGCUUUUGCUUGCUUUGAUGAAGAAGCAACAGGGUUCAUUCAAGAAGACUACCUGCGGGAGCUGCUGACCACAAUGGGAGACAGGUUCACAGAUGAAGAGGUAGAUGAGCUCUACAGAGAGGCACCAAUUGACAAAAAGGGCAAUUUCAACUACAUUGAAUUUACACGCAUCCUUAAACAUGGAGCAAAAGACAAGGAUGACUGAGCAAAUCCCUGAACACCUGUAGCUUUUAUUUUCCCCCCCUUUUUUUUUUCCUUUCUUUCCCUUCAGAUUCUUUCUUUUUUCUUGUUGGGACCCUUUGCAUACAUUUUUGGCAUUUCUGCUUUUGCCUCUGAAGACUCUGGGGCUGCUCAGGCACGCCUGCGCUUUUGCAUUAAGACUGAAAAUGUGUAGGGAGAGAGGAUGGCUUAGAGUGACAGAGGUUUAGGAACAAAGAUUUGGGGUGGGGAGGCACUUAAAAGUGUCAGUGUUACUCAUUCUAACUAGAUUUUUGCAACUUACGGUAACUUUUUCAAUAAAACACCGCUUUAUUAAAUGCGUCAUUAAACAGUUUCAUACUAGAGGUGGGCUGCUUAUCUAAUCAUUUCUGUAAAUACUUUUGCAGCUGUAUGCAGUCAUGGUAUUAUCUAUUUUUGCCUUAAUGAAGCAUAAGUCACUUAUGCAUACUGAAUUUGUACGUCAGUGACUGAGCGCUUCCCAGUGACUGAGUACUUCAUUUCCUACUGUGAGCAUAUACAAUGAAGAAAUUCACAUCCUUCACAUGUUAGCACAUUAGAAAUUAAUGAGUUUUGUCCUACACUUGCACGCUAAGAUUUUAAAAUCCUAUGGGUGUAAUGGAGGUGGUAUUUCACUCUCAUCGUAACUGCUUUAUUUCUGGAUGCUGAGUACAACAUUAAUACUGCUUUUUUAAACUUACAUGGUAAAUCCUAGUGCUUUCUGUAAAAUAAAAAAGGCUGUGUAUGA